AAAAAGCAAAAAACUCGGCGCCAAAGGGCCGCUUUUUACCGCGCUUAGGCGUUGGCUCCGCGCCUGCACACGCGCAGUGCUGCGCUGAGUUGCUCUUGCGCCAGCCCUGCGCAGGAACGCCGCGCGGGAGCCGCGGGAACCGUCGCAAACACUGGAGCACUGAGUAGGCAGUUGUUGCCUCGCGCGACGUCGACGUCCCCUCCGAGUCCGCGCCGCGACACAAUCAAAGACCCAGCCAAACAAACACCCGAUUCAGACCAUGGAGGCACGCCCCCUCGGCGAGAACGCCGAGAGGAGAGACGACACCACCGACGCGCGCAAGCGGAAGCGCGCCGCGGCCUCACCACAAAACAGCCGCCGCCGGUCCACCCAGACGCCGCGCGAGACGCUGAGCCCGUCGGCCGCGGCGGCGCUCGAGGCUUUUGUGGGAGGCGAAGACUCCGGGAGAAGGAAGACCGCGGACGUCGAGACCGUAAGGGCAUUGGAGCGCUGCCUCGGCCCUUCUGGUGGCGACGACGACCGCACCUGGGCCGGGCCCGCGCUCCCGCGAGACGACAAUGACCGCACGGCGACCGAGGGCGAAAUUGAAGCAUUGAGGAGGACGGUCUCGCAGCCGCCCCAACGACGGCAAUCUAUAGCCCCACCCAAGAAGGGCACGGGCGCGCGCGCCUACGAGGAGCUGCUGGGCACGCGCGCGGAGCUGCUGGACGAGGACACGGGCGAGCCGGCGCGGACCGGUCUGGAGUUCGUGAGCGCGGCGGCGCACCUGCCCUAUCCGGGCCAGGCUCUUGACGAGGGUGAUGCUUUAUUACCAGCAGGGACGCCGCCCGCGGAGGACGCCCAUGCGGUCGCAGCUAGACGUAGGGCCGAAGCUCUCGCGUUGGAGGCUGAUCUAGCCCCACGCUCUCCGGAGGCGCCGCCGCCGCGCCUCAAAUCGUGCCUCUCGUCGUCGAAGAAGCGGCGGCCGUCGGCCUCGCCCCAGAACGUGACAUUUGCUGCUGGAGCUACUACCAUGGAGUUCGAGCGGAGCGACCCGCCGUCGGCCCUCAAAUCGAGGAGGCCCCAGACCGUCGACGUUGAGAGAAGGUCCUCUGCUCCUUCUCGCGCUACUAGUCCGCCACCUCCUUCACAAGAAAGGAGACACACGAUCGAGAACUCGGCAGCACUAGCAAGGUGGACCAUCGCCCACGGGGACACGCGCGGGCCGCGGCCGCUCACGAGUCCAAGACGGGCCUCGGGCCGCUUUGAUCAUGAUGACGCGUCGGACACGUCUUCGGCGGAUUCGGAAGAAUGCCAAGCACCUAGAAGGUCCUGGGCCCAGGCCAUGGAGCUCACCGGUGACUUGAGGAGACCGGAACUAUCGCCGGUCGUCGAGGAGUCGAGCCCGGAUUCGGACCGGAGCACGCCGCAGCCGACCAUACCGCUCGAAGAUCAUUUGGGGGAUCUACUCGCUCUACCGCCGGCGCAUCAGCGCGCAAGACCGUCGGAGACGGUCCAGCUCGAGGCCGACCUCGGGGCGAUGUUGGAGGCGGUCCGGCCGGCGCCGCCGCCCCAGGAGGACGUGACGAUGGAGGACGCGGCGCUAGAUACGACGCAACUACUCGCUUCCCUAGGCUUAGAUGAUGCGUCGCUCUCAAAAGACGCUCCGGGCGAUGUCGCCGCGGACGACGAGACUGGCAGACAAUUGGCGGCGGCGCUGGCCGCGGCGGAGUUAACAGGAGACGACGACGACGGCGCGUUGGUUGCGGCUACGCUCGCGGCGCGAAGCGAAGCGCAAGCGCUACGGGAGGCCGCUGCGAAGAUCCGCGAGGCCGCGGACGAGUGCCGACGAAGAUCCGCGAACAUAUUACGUACUUCCGCUAGUGACGUGGAGCUAGCUGCAAGAGUGGCGCCGGAGGUCGCGAGUUCCGUGGUCGAGGCCGCGAAGACGUUUGGGCGGACCGUCGUACUGGCUGCUAGUGCGGACGCGGACCAGCGCAUCACACGGGCCUUUGAUAUGGCUAGGGUGGAUGUGGAGCAGCGCGAACGCGAGUGCAUGGACGCGAUUACGGCUCUUAGCGAGCAGGAGAAGGCCGGGGAUAACAUAGAUGCCCAGGCGGAGCGGUUAAGGCAAGAUGCCGAGCACACCAUCCAGCAACGGAGGCGAUCCGGUAUUAGUGAAGAGACCUGGGAUGCGACGAUCGCGGCGAAACUCGCAGCGGGCCUGGAGCCCUGGACGCCGCGUACCGAUGGUAUUCUGGACUUCCCGCACGCGUUGUAUGGCACUUGGCUCUCGGUGGAAGUUGCUGCCGACAGAUUGAUGGGACGGAGGGAGCGCCUCGACGACGACAAGGACCUGAUGCUGAAAGCUUUACGAAAAGCUAGAGGUACGGACGCGUGUGCCACGGCGCUGUUCGACGCGCCGGCGACGUGGCUGCACCCGCGGGCGUCGGGCGGUCGGUCCUUCGAGGUCAUGGGCAACGAUGUUGAAGUGUUAUCAUUAUUCGCUUCCAAGUUAGCGCGCUUCGCCAAGGAGCUGUUUCGGCUGGAGCACCGCUGCGACGUGCGAGGCGUCGCGUUCGGUGAGACCGAUUGUGUGGUCGAUUGUCGAGUCGCGUCUUCCGUGCGGCCUGCCGGUUUGAGGGUGGAAUUUAGGGUGGCCCGGGGCUACCCGGCGGCGGGCUUCGAACGAGCGGGUUUGAUAGGCGCAGACGGGUUGUUGAGUGUGCGGCUCGCGGCAUCAAGGGGCGACGACAUGUUGGUCGGCGCGGCGGAGCGCGCCUUAUCAGCGCGGGGCUUGUGCGGCGAGCGGAAGGACGGGUGGUUCGCCGCGAAGUCGACGCCGGGGAGUCUGCUGCGGACGCUCGCGUGCGUGCAGGGCGCGUGCGACGCGCCGGACGGGUCGGCCAUCCUCCAGCCGGCGCAAUAAGCACACAUUCACUUA